UUACACCAUAAGCCUUCAAUGACAGUCAGAUUCAGCUAUUUUCGAUUCUAUGUCGAAUUUUCGUCGUUCCAUUCCUAAUGUAGCCAACUUAGUUUCACAUUCGUCUCCAUCUCUGGCUCCAAUAUGGCGGCAUCCGACGGCAUGGCGGCGCUCAGCCAGGACCUCAUGCUGGUUCCUGGACCUAGCACUGAACCUGAAGUUCCUGAACCACUGCCAGAACAUUCCCCAGCUCCUCCAACUUCUCCAACUUCUCCAUCACCCAAAAGGCGGCGCAGGGGGACACAAUCUGCACCCAGCAGGAAGCGAAACAUCACCUGGACUCAUAUUGAGUCCCAGGUGCUUGUCCGGGAAACGCUUCCUUGCUGGAUGCAGCUGUGUGGUCCCCGCUCCAGGGAGACAAGCCCGCAGUGGAAGUUGGAGAAGUGGGAGGAGAUCUCCAGGAAAGUUGAGGCGAUGUAUCGCCAUCGGCGUGACCCGACUGCCUGUCGGAAGAAAUUUAGCGACAUAAAGCGUUCCAUUGUGCGCAAACGCGGGCAGCCGGGGCGCCGAGGACAGCCGUUAUCUCUCCUCCCCCAUGAGGCCGAGCUAUUAGCUGGGAUAGGGGAGGAUGAGAUAGCCCAGCUGCAGGCUCACCAAGUUCGUAUCAAGGCCCAGCGGCGCCGGAAGCGGAGGGAGGAGGAGGAGCAGGAGUCCUCAAGUUCUUCCUCAAGUUCUUCCUCAAGCAGUAACAGUGUCAUCCAGUCAGAGGGGGAGACGCAGGAGGAGGAGGAGGCUGAGGCGGGAACGCCCACAUCUACUGAGGCUGAGCAGGAUGUGGAGGAGAUCUGCCCUGGGGUGGCUGUUGGGAUUGCUCAGGAUGGUGUCCAACAGCCAGGCGCGUCAGGUCCAGGGGAUCAGGAUGAAUACAUUCUAGACCUCCGGGCAGUGGAGGAAGACCUGAACCUGCACGCGCCUGGUUCGGAUCACAGUCCUCCCUCCCCAGCAGUUUCUCCGGCGCGUGAUCUCCUCCACCCUUCAGCAUCCCCCCACCUACAAAUUGGCACGGGCACCUCCUCCCCACAUCAAACAGGUCCAGGACACGCCCACUCUCCAGAGCCAAGGAGACCCUAUAGGAGGCUGUCUCAAGCCCUGGCCCUCCUAAAUCGACGGCAGAUGGCUCUGGAGAGGUACCAAAGGGCAACUAGGAGGAUGGUUAGCAACAGUUUGGCAGCCAUUCACUCCACACUUGAGCGCCUGGUCACCAGGUUGGAGGGAAAUGAAUGAGGGGCCUUUUUUUUU